UUAUUCUGUGUCUAUGUACUAUAUUAUUGAUUCUGUUUCAAUGACAUUCAGCCUUGGGCGUGUUGAGGAAACAGAGCGUGUUUAGUAAACUUUUGCGACUUUUGUGAUUAUUUACUGAUUAUAUUAACGAAAUGAAUAGUGGAAUGCUAGAAAUAAACAAGAAGCCUGAAAAGGAUGGCCUGCCAGCUGCCACUUACAAACAAAUACCUGAGUCUGACUUGGAAGAAGAAGCGGUAAAGCGACCUAAAAAGACCGUCACCAAAGAGAAGAACAAUUUGGAUGGUGCUGAUGAGAAAAUGCUUCCUGGUGAAGAAAAAAAUGCUUCUGAAAAAAGUAACGUUAAUGCAAACGAAAUCAAGUUCACCGCCAACGAGAAGCAGAAUGGGGAUGCUAAACUGGACAUAGGUGAUGUAAAGGGACAGUAUGUAGGCAUGAGUAAAGAAGAAUUGAUGAAGUAUGCCAACGAUCCGUUUUGGGUUCGUCUACGUUGGUUCCUGUUCAUUUCUUUCUGGAUCCUUUGGGCUGCCAUGCUAGUAGGCGCUAUCAUGAUUAUAGUGGCAGCUCCCAAGUGUAAUUCUCCAGAACCCAGAACUUGGUGGGAACAGGGUCCUCUUACAGAAGUCAAAGAAGAAGUGACCAAACAGCAGUUACAAGCAUUAAAGGAUAAUGGAGUACAAGGAAUAAUUUUGUCAUGGUUCUCAUUCUUGGAUGCUUAUAGUUUCCUCAAUCAAUCCACAGAUUAUUUGAAAGUAGUAAAAGCAGCAAACGAACUAAACGUUAGCGUAAUCAUAGAUCUGAAUCCACUUUCUUCAACGAAGUGGUUUAGGGAUUCAGAAGGGAAAGAUGACUUUUAUACUGAUUAUUAUAUUUGGCAGAAACCUAAGGGCGUUAACGCAACUGGUAGUCCAGAACCCCCUAACAACUGGAUAUCUAAAGAAAAUCGUUCCUCUUGGGUAUAUUCUGAAGUUCGCAAGGAGUUUUAUUAUGCCCCUCAGUCUGCACCUCACUUGAAUUUCAGAAACCCAAAUGUCAUAAGAGAGUUUACAAAUGUACUUGUUGGUCUUAUUGACAAAGGUGCAAGAGGUAUAAGGCUUCAUGGAGCACCUUAUUUGCUUGUAGNAUCG